AGGGCUGCCGUCGCUCGGGAUUGCACUUUGUUACAGACAGUUCGCCAAUUUCUUGACAUUGUAGGUACGAAUACUUGCUUUGGAUAUCCCAUUAAGGUGAGUAUCACCAGAUUGAAAUAGGAUUCAAUACCCAGUGGAAUAUUAAUCAGAUUUUUUUCCACAAUUAUGGAUUAAUUUUCUCCACAACAUCAUGCGAGCCGUCAAAUCAGCCAUCAUCCACUACAGAGAUUUCGUGUCCUCACGUUUGGAUUUAUCAGGGAGAUUUUAAACAAAAAAAAGACCAGCAGCCACGACUGGGUGUCUUUUAUCUUUUUUUUGUGUGUGUGUGCGCGCGCUUCCGGUAAAACAGUAACUAUGCACCUACUCGUGUGGGAUAUGAUCAAAUAUCUAUAAAAGAUUUUCGUGAUAUUGUGCGAAGGAGCCCAGAAGAAGGAAGUCUAGGGCGGGAUAGGUGCAAAGAAACUCUCCCAAAAGAAACAUGGCUUCGGUUUGGAAAAGACUGCAACGUGUGGGGAAGCAUGCAUCCAAAUUCCAGUUUGUGGCUUCCUAUCAGGAGCUGAUGGUGGAAUGCACUAAGAAAUGGCAACCAGACAAACUGGUGGUGGUUUGGACACGCAGGAGUCGGCGGAAAUCCUCCAAGGCACACAGCUGGCAGCCAGGCAUCAAAAAUCCCUACAGAGGAGUGGUGGUGUGGCCUGUUCCCGAGAACAUAGAGAUCACUGUCACCCUGUUUAAGGACCCCCAUGCAGAGGAGUUUGAAGACAAAGAGUGGACAUUUGUCAUUGAAAAUGAGUCUCCAUCAGGGCGGAGGAAGGCCUUGGCCACCAGCAGUAUAAACAUGAAACAGUACGCCAGUCCAAUGCCCACACAGACAGAUGUCAAACUCAAGUUUAAGCCCCUGUCCAAGAAGGUGGUAUCAGCCACGCUGCAGUUCUCCCUCUCCUGCAUCUUCCUCCGUGAGGGAAAAGCCACUGAUGAGGACAUGCAGAGCCUGGCCAGCUUGAUGAGCAUGAAGCAGGCUGACAUCGGCAACCUGGACGACUUUGAGGAGGAGAACGAGGAGGAUGAGGAGAACAGGGUGAACCAGGAGGAGAAGGCUGCAAAAAUCACAGAGAUAGUAAACCAGUUGAAUGCCCUCAGCUGCUUACAUGCGGAUGAUGAUGAUGAUGAUGGUGUCCUUAAGCGAGCAAGCAAAGCAACCGCUAAGCCUGCCGCUUCCUCCCAAGAGCUGAUCAACAAGCUGAACUUCCUGGAAGACGAGGAUCAGGAAACGUCUCCUGCCAUGAACAGAAAUCCCUUUGAUGAUCAAGAUGAUGACCUUCAACCCAAUCACUUCAACCCAUUUGGUGAUCCAGAUGAGGAAGAGCCCCCCAGCCAGCCGGUCCCACGGCAGCAGGGCUAUGAAGAUCCUUUCUAUGACCACGACUCCUCAAAUCCGUUCAACGAGCAAGAUGAACCUGAGACCCUAACAACCCCAGGGAACCCCUUUGACGAGCCCGAACAAGACAUGGACCUCCAGCCAGACCCUGAACCCCCCAAACCCAGGCAGAGGAAAGGAGUACGGCCUGUAGACAUGAGCAAGUACUUGUACGCUGACACUGCUCCCAACGAGGACGAGGAACUUGAUGAAUCCAACCCGUUCUAUGAGCCAAGGACAUCGAGCCCUGUGCGGCCCCCUGCUGGCAGCCCCUCCCUGGAUAUGGACAGCAGCCAGAAGAGGAGGGCUCCUCCACCCCCCAGUUCCAGCCCUGGCCCCGGCCCCGGCCCCAGCCCCAGCGUGCAGGCUCCCAAACCCAGUUCGGGUCCUGACAGGGAGAGACCCCAGCCAUUUGGGCCCGGUCCGGUUGCAGCAGUGAUUGGGAGAGAGUUGGCCUCCUCUUCUCCAAAGCCUAGCCCCGUCCCCAGCCCAGUUCUGGGAGGGAAGCCCAACGCCAGCCAGUCACUGUUGGCCUGGUGCCGCGAGGUCACCAAGAACUACCGCGGGGUGAAGAUCACCAACUUCACCACCUCCUGGAGGAACGGACUGGCCUUCUGUGCCCUGCUGCACCACUUCAGACCCGACACAAUAGACUACAAGUCGCUCAAUCCUCAGGAUAUUAAAGAAAACAACAAAAAGGCAUACGAUGGCUUUGCGAGCCUUGGUAUCUCCCGUCUCCUGGAACCAUCAGACAUGGUGCUGCUGGCCAUUCCUGACAAGCUAACAGUGAUGACCUACCUGUACCAGAUCCGGGCCCACUUCUCCGGGGAGGAGCUCAACGUGGUGCAAAUCGAGGCCAACAGCAGUCGCAGCACCUACAAGGUGGGCGACUUUGAGACGGAUACAAAUGCCUCCAUAGACCAAGACAAGUUCUAUGCUGAACUGAACGACGUGCAACAUCGCCAGGCUGACUCUCAGCCUGUUGCCUCUGCUGGUGCUGAGUCUAACGGCACUAAAGCGGCUGAAGAGGAGGAGGCGAUGGGUUCGGGUUGGAAGGCUGAGAUAGGAGCCGUGAGCUUGCCAGCAGCAGGGCCUUUACAUUCCCCCCCUCCUGUCUCGUCACCACGAACAGCAUUAGCAGCCACAGCAACAAACUCGUCACACAUGACACAGACAAGUUCUGAGGACAGGGGGAAUCUGUUCAAAGCCAACACUUUGGACCUUAGCGAGUUACCGCAGAGGGUAGAGAGAGAGAUGGAGAAGGAGAGACACCAAAAGGAGGAGGUGGGAGAGGAAAGAAGGGAAGGAAGUACUGAACCAGGGUCCCCAACAGGAGAGGGCCCCCCUUUUCCUCCUCCCUCCUCCUCUUCCUCUCCACCCCAUCAGAAACUAGGAUUCUCCUAUAACAGGGAUGCAGACCUCAUUAAGAAGAAAAGGGCCAGCCUGCGUCAUUCAGAAUCUGAGCCCGCCUCAGACACCAGCUCCCCCGCUGUCAACCACACAGACACGCCUCCUAAACAGGAGCCAACACCUGCCACUGUAUCAAGCGUCACUGCAGAGAAGAAGGUGCUGUCUCGUCAAGAGGAGCUGAAAGAGAGAGCCCGACUGCUCCUGGAGCAGGCUCGCAGAGAUGCUGCAAUGAAGGCCGGAAACAAAAACAUCCCAAACUCAGCUGUCAGUGCAUCAAACAGAGCCACAACUGUCUGCGAUGAGCGGGAUGCAGAGCGACGGAGACAGCUGAGAGAGCGAGCCCGGCAGCUGAUAGCUGAGGCUCGAUCAGGAGUCAAGAUGUCUGACAUGAGCAUGCUGGACGCUUCCAGCACUGACAGAGGCAAGGGCAGCAGGGCCGGUCCUACCGGAGAUAUUUUGGACGAAGUGAGAUGUCAUCAUGAGGGUGAUGCUGUUGAUGGUGAAAGGGGUGAGGAUGAGGAAGAGGGGACAGCUGAGGAAGAGCAACUCUAUUUUGGUGGAGAUGAUGAUAAUGACGACGAUGAUGAUGAUGAUGAUGAUGAUGAUGAUACUGAUACUGAUACUGAUGCUGCGGCUACAUCUGCAUUGGCUACUAACCCACUGCCACUGGAGGCCUCUCUUCCAGCCCCCUGCAGCACCCAGGGGUUCCUGGAGCUUACUAACACCGGCUCUGAGCUAACGUCACUGGGAGCAAACAGUAAGCAUGUGGAUUUGAAGCUGAAGAAGCUGGUGGAGGUCAGCCCAAGAAAGCCCACCUCCCCUUCAUCCCCGUCCUCCACCUCCUCCUCAUCUUCACCCACUGCCUCUUCCACCUCCACACACAGCCCUGCAGAGGCCCAGGAGAAUAAUGCUGAGGAGCUGCGCGCAGAGCGUCUGCGCAGAGCGACAGAGAGGCUGCGUAGCCCGGUAGUCUUCAACAAGGAUUCUGCAGUCAGGAAAACACAGCUCAAGUCCUUCAGCCAGUAUGUGGAGACUCGACCAGAGGUGAAGAGACAAAAGUCUGUCCCUGAGGAUCUGAGGAGGGCCGAGGAGGAUGGAGGUUCACCUACAGAGCUUGAUAUCCGCCGACCGUUUGAAGAGGAGAAGGCGUUCAAAGACACCAGUCAGUAUGUGGUUGGGGAACUGUCUGCACUGGAGAGCGAGCAGAGGCACAUAGACGCCCGAGCAGCUCGCGUGGAGAAGAGGCUGCGCUAUCUCAUGGACACAGGCAACAACAAAGAGGAAGAGGAGGCCAUGAUGCAGGAGUGGUUCAUGUUGGUCAACAAGAAGAACGCACUCAUCAGGAGACAGAACCAGCUCUCUCUACUGGAGAAAGAGCACGAUCUGGAGAGACGCUUCGAACUGCUGAACAGAGAGCUGAGAGCCAUGCUGGCCAUCGAGGACUGGCAGAAGACCGAGGCCCAGAAGAGACGAGAGCAGCUGCUGCUGGACGAACUGGUUAUACUGGUCAACAAGCGAGACGCGCUGGUCAGGGACCUGGACGCCCAGGAGAAACAGGCCGAGGAGGAGGAUGAGCACCUGGAGAGGACGCUUGAGCAGAACAAAGGAAAGAUGGCCAAGAAAGAAGAGAAAUGUGUCCUUCAAUGAUUGUCACUUCAGAGGAAACACAACCAACAAAUGUAGCCGAUAAAGAAAUGUAUCAUUAUUAUUGAUAUUCUGAAUAUUAUUGAUAGUGGCUUUCCUAGACAUUUCGAAAAGUUAUCAGAAUCUGAAAUCCGAUGGAUUUUUGUGUUGUUGUUUUGUUGGAUUGUUUUUUUUGUUGUUGUUUUUUUUUGGGGGGGGGGGCAAAUUUAGUGCAGAGACAUGUCUCUGUGAUGCCUUUGCACCAACUUUUUAAGGACUCAAAGUGUUCAUCUUAUAUAAAAUAUUUUUUAUUUUAACCCUUCUUCGCUUCACCAUGAACGGUACUUUAAUGUAAUGUAAAAUGUAUGAGAGGAGAGCAGUGCAAACACAAUUCUACCGUUUGAUGUUUGCACGUUGUGAUGCUGCGGCUGCCUCUCUCUCCGUCUGAAUGUGGAGACCAGUGGGUUGGAGGUACAGCACAAGUGGGUUUACUUUUGUGGGGAGGGGGGUUCUUUUAUUUUGCUACUUUUUUCUGUACCAUUUGAGGAGUUAAUGCACGGGUUGAAGUUUUAAAAAGGAAAAAAAAGAGUUGUUAUAAUAUCAGUCUUUUCAAGCUACUUCAUUACUUGACUGUGUAUCUUAUAAUUAUUUCACUUUUAAAGUUUUUACUUAUAAAUGAUCUUAAAGGGGGAACCGUUCAUAAGUCGUAACUUUCCUAUCGCUUUUUUUUAUUGUCUUGGCUUGAAAGCAGUUUACCAAAAGAGAGAUUGUGUUUUAAAAAAAAUCUCAUGUUGUAUAUUUUCAUCACUGCUCUGACCAGUUGCUUUCAAAAUCCUCUUUUUUUUUGUCAGGAUUCAUGCAGUCAAACACAAAAAAGAUAUAUAUUAUUUAUUGUCCUCUAAAGCUGCUUGUAAGUGAAACUACCAUCACAGUUCAUGUGCAUUUUUGCUCAACAAACUUGUUUGGUUUCUAUUUAUUGUACUCAGAAGAGGAGAAAUAUGCCUCCACAUGCAUCACUUAGAGCUCCACACCCGGUGCAGUUUGUCCUUCAAUGUGUUGAACAUUUAUCCUGUUUAUUUAUUCCAGUGUCAUAACCCAAGUCUUCAAUAAUAAAGUCCUUAUGAUUUCAUACUCCACAAAA